AUGUUUGCGGAGGUUAAGCCAAGCGUUAAAGAUUUUGUCGAAAAGCAGAAGCGUGAUAGGGAGCAGCGCAAGGGUGAACGGGAAAGACGAAAUGCUGCCUUAUGUAUACAGAGAUAUUGGCGUGGCUAUAAUUCAAGGAAACAUUUAGCUGAGGUUCUUAGAGCAGAUUGCUGCGCCUUUAUUGGUUCCACACUUGGUGGCAGCCGCUCAGAUGUCUCGUACUCAGCUGUUUCACUAUCAAAAUUAAUCAAUAAGAUGAAGUACAGCUUUAAGCUGGACUUCGACAGAGAGAUUUUUGAAGGCAUUUGUCGAUAUUUGUUGGUGUCGACGAGUAAAUGUGACGAGAAGUGUUCGUUUUUAUCACUGAUACAAAGUCGUGACUAUCUAAUUGUGUGGAUUUCACAAACGCGUUGGAUUCUAUCCGUCUGUGUUAAAUAUUUUGGAGUCCUAAACCCGGCUAACGAAUCGGACUCCAACAUGAUGAACGUUUUACUCUCGUUCGUACUUACCAUGACGAAUUGUAAUCAGUGGAAAAUUCUUAGAGAUAGCAAGAUGAAACCAGGUCUAGUGGCUAUAACUGAUUCUUUUAUCAAGGAUCUGGUAGUUCAUGGUCUAUAUCCGGCUCUGAAGCAACUCUUGUUGAAAGGACUGGCACUUCACAUACCGGUCCUUACUCCGCUUUCGUUAACAGGAAUAUUUUCUUUAGCUGUUCGACCGCUACUUUUGUGUAACUUCUCGCCAGAAUGUAUUUCUCUCUUCGUGGUUCACAUUCUCUCGGUGCCUGGCUUUGUUCUGCAUAUAAACUCCCUUGCCAGUGAAGCUUAUGAUGUAAUUGUUCGGGAGAAAUUGUGCUCUCGUGUUGUUACCUAUCUGUAUAAGAGUCUACCAAAUCAAUCUAUCGUAGAUUGUGGUCUGGAGGGCUCCUACGCUCUCUGCCUCAUAGCUAAUCUGAUCCAGUUGAGUCUACUGGAAGUUGAAGUUCUCGUGGAUCAUUGUGAAGAGUUUUGCAUUGUUCUUUCAAGAUUGCUUGAUCUGUUAGGUGGAUUUGUUGGACAGAAGAAAUCCAAUCUCACGUGUUGGCAUCCAAUUCUGGGCUGGUUUUCCAAACCACUCGAUAACUAUCUUCAGGCUUCUGCACCUCAUGUGGCAAGUCAAUUGCGUCUUCUGUGGCAUGGCCGAAUGGUGCGUCUUUUAUUUGCCGAUCUCUAUCAGCAAGAAGGUUUGGGCGAAUCCGAGCAAACAAACGCAACAGUCCCAUCAACUUCCAUCUCCAUCAGUGCUGCGAAGUCGCCUAGGUUCAAAUUUACCGAGCACACAGUUAGCGAGAGGAAAUCUGUGGAAGGUCUUCUAACCGCCAAUCCGCCCAGUUUCGUAUCUCGGCAUCAUGGAAGGGGUUUUUCCGAUCGUCUUGGUUUGAGCGCCUUCCUACGUCAACUCAAAAAUCGUAUACCCGUACGGAAGGGUGACUUAGGUAGUGCUGUAGGCACGCCUCUCAAAUACCACCAUCAUUGGCCUCGGGAGAGUGGGACACCCGGACCUGAGAAUUUACCAAACAGCAUUAAAGUGGUGUGUAUGCUGUACUGCUUUACCAUCGGAUCACUCAAAGAGAUUCGUAACGACAUUCUGGCUGAUGACCGCCGAGCCCACAUCCACUGCAUGCACCUCAUCUGUAUCUAUCUCCGUCACAGCAUUCAUUCCUAUCAUCUCCUCCAGCGACAUAGUCAGUCCCGUGUUCCACUCAAACCCCGUUCGCACGGCGGAGGAGUACUGGUCGAUGACGAUGUGGGAGAUGUUGUCCGCGAGACGUAUUGUUCGAUGGCAGACGGCUUCUGCAAUAUGCCAAUCAUACGGCACGGUGGGGAUGUCAACUCGUCCUCUGCCCAGUCGAUCAAAUACGGGUUUUUAAUCGACUCAUCCUCCACCGUGGGCACAGUGAUGUCGUCCACAGUCAUCUCAAUCGGCGGUGGUCGACGCACAAAGCACACUGGCCCAGCGUUCACCAUCUCGUAUUCGGGGAGGUCGUCUUUGCGAAAUUUCAUGCGACAACGGAAUCCAUGGAAGAUCGAAAGUCCACUCCUCGGGUACUUCGCGUUUGGUGUGCGCGAAGAUGGGUCCGGUGGGUGGAGGUUGACUCCAAAGUGCCACGUAGCUUGUGUCCUCGCACUCCUCGUCCACCACAUGUCGCCUUUCGUAGGUCUAACUUUGGGGGAUCUACUGCCGCGUAUGUGGCGUCUGAUCAGUUGUGCCGGAAGUAUCAAGGACUGGGCACCAUUACUCACCCUACCCAAAGCUGGAUGGCAGUUGGCACCUCAUUCCUCCCACCUCCUACAUCUCUUUGCUGCUGCCACCUCUAACCUCCUUAUAAUUCUGGAUGACGUAGAGGUGUUUGAGAAGCACAAAGCCUUUGAAAUUGAGGAGUUACUGGCGAUUGCGGACUUCUUCAACUAUCUCAUCUAUGAAACUGUCCUCCUUGUAUCUAAUCCAACCUCACUCAUUCAACCUGUUUCCUUCGAGAACUCUUCGUCUACAAAAGUCCUGGAAUUACAAAAUCCACACUCGUCUAGGAUCUCGGAAUGUCUUCAAUUGUCCACCUCCAACACCACCACCACCCUCUUCUCCAUUUGUCUGCGUCUACUGGCAAUCCUUUAUAACCGUGAUAGUCGGUGCAAAUUUACACCACCUAAUUUCUGGCUCAUCUGCGGUGUCAAGCCGUCAGCUUUUAUAUCAGAUCUACGGAAGGAGAAAGCUCACGCCACAUUCCUUCUCAAGCACGUACCACACAUCAUUUCAAGGAAGGAGCGAGUUCUACUGUUCCGCGAAUUGGUGAGAGCAGAUAAGGCGGCUCUUGGAAUCUUGGGACAGACAAACUGCAUGCUGGAUAGCUCCGCGGUGGGAACUGUCAUUAUGAUACACCGAAAUCGUAUAGUCGAGGAUGGUUAUCAACAAUUGGCUAACCUCACGCCUACACAAUUACGCAUGAAGAUUCGUGUCCAAUUCAUCAACGCAUUGGGUCUGGAUGAAGUGGGCAUCGAUUUGGACGGGGUAUUCAAGGAGUUUCUGGAGGAGACUCUUCGUCGUGUCUUUGAUCCAACCCUAAAUCUUUUUCGGGCUACAUCUGAUCAACGCCUCUACCCUUCCCCUACGUCGCAUAUUCAGGAGAGCCACUUACAACUGUUCGAGUUCGUUGGCAAGCUCUUAGCUAAAGCUGUUUAUGAGGGUAUCAUAGUGGAUGUUCCAUUCGCAAACUUCUUUUUAACUCAAGUUCUGGGGCGUCAACGAGCCAGUUGCUACAGCUUUUUGGACGAACUAGCAACUUUGGAUAGAGAUCUUUACAAGAGCCUUACUUACAUAAAACACUACGAGGGGGAUGUGUCAGACUUGGAGCUGACAUUCUCUUACGACGAGGACUGCCUUGGUCAAAUAGUGGUUCACGACUUGGUCCCCGGUGGGCGUUACAUCACCGUCAACAAUGAUCUCAAAAUCAGCUAUGUGCAUCGAAUGGCCAUGUUUCGGAUGUACAAACAGAUUCGAGGACAGACAGCUAGCUUUAUUCGAGGCUUCUACUCAAUUAUUAAUCCCGAGUGGUUGGCAAUGUUCUCGCCCACGGAGUUGCAACAGCUCAUAUCUGGAGAUUCGGUCAACUUUGAUCUGGAGGAUCUGAAGCAACACACAAAAUACUCUGGCGGUUUCUACAGCAACCACAGAGUCAUAACUUGGCUAUGGGAUAUUUUGAAGAAGGACUUCUCAGAUGAGGAACGAAGUCUUUUCCUUAAGUUUGUCACAAGUUGUUCCAAGCCUCCGCUGCUGGGAUUUGCGUAUCUGGAACCGCCUUUCUGCAUCCGAUGUGUGCAAUACAUAAAUGAGGACCAAGAUAUGGGUGACACAUUGGGUUCCGUUUUGAAGGGAUUCUUCGGUUUCGGUAGUCGUCGAGGCGGUGAAGAGCAAGCCCGUCUACCAUCGGCAUCGACGUGCUUCAACCUCCUCAAGCUUCCAAACUACGCUUCACGAGCGACCCUUCGAGAUAAAUUGCGAUACGCCAUACACUGUAAUGCCGGUUUCGAGCUCUCCUGA